AUGGUCUCCAUCGAAGAAGUACGAAAGAAUAACUCCACUCUGAAAGAGUAUGGUCCAAACCUAGUAGCAGUCUUCGUCGGCGGCACCAGCGGCAUAGGCGAAACAACCGCCCGCGCCUUCGUCCGAUCAACCCUCUCUCCGCGAGUCUACCUCGUAGGCCGGAGUGAGAGUCGCGCGUCGCAGAUUAUUGAGGAACUUCGUGCCUCGAACCCGGAUGGUCAGAUCAAUUUUGUCAAGAGUGAUGUUUCGCGACUGCAUGAUGUCGAUGAGGCUUGUAAGGCUAUUCAAGCUAAGGAGGAGAAGGUUAAUUUGUUGUUCUUGAGUGCUGGCAUUUUGACUACGAAGGGGCGUGAUGAAACUGAUGAAGGCUUGGAUAAGAAGCUCAGCUUGCAUUAUUAUUCGCGCAUGCGCUUCUUGAAUAACCUCCUUCCUCAACUUACUAAAGCUGCUACUAGUAUUGAAGGCCCGGCUGGAAUUCGGGGUAAUCUAUCGAGUGUCGUCUCCGUUCUUGAUGCACGCGGUAAUGCACCUCUCAUUCUGAAGGACCUGUCUUUGAAGGAUAACUACACGCUGCGCAACGCUGCCAAUCACGCUAUUACCAUGACUUCGCUGUCUAUGGAAGAGCUUGCUGCGGCUCAUCCCUCUACCUCAUUCAUUCAUGCCUUCCCCGGUCUUGUGAAGACGGGUCUUGCGCGGGAUUAUAAUUUCGUCAUGAAGGCUGCAGUGAAUGCGAUGCUUACCCUUGCUUCGAGAUGGACUGUUCCUUUGGAGGAGAGUGGCGAGCGACAUCUCUAUACGGCUACUAGCCCUAUCUUUUCACCUAAGGAGACUGCUAGAGGUGUUGCUGCGCUGGGCUCGGACGGGGUGCAGGGCUCUGGUGCUUACUUGAUUGGAUCGGAUUCGGCGACGGUUCCCGACCAGAAGGUCCUGCAUGGAUACCGUGAGGAUGGAACGAGGGGAAAAGUUUGGCAGCAUACUCUUGAUACCUUCAAGGGUAUCGUUGGUAACUAG